GCGGUAGUGCACUUAGUCUUAGGCAACAGAAUCCCGUCUCUCCAUGGCAGCACAAGGAGGGAAUCCCCGGGUCUUACCUCGCAAUUGAUCAAUUUGCAUUUUCAUUCCAUUCUCUGUCUCGGAUGUAUGUGCUGCUGCCGGCAUAGUCCUCAUAACAUUUAACAGACUGCUCUAAAAAAGAAAGAAAUUGACAUCCCAAUGCAAACUAUUCUGUACAAUUCGAGUGCGCAAGAAUUUUUUAUAUACUUUGCAAUCUGAACAAACAACAACUGCUUUUCUUUCAUGAGCCAGCCACCAAACGAGUUCGACAUGGCACUGAGCGGGACACUACCUUCCAUUUCCACCUUUGCCACCGGCACCAGUGUCAUGGAUACAUCAUCUGGACAGGGAGUCUCUAGCAAUAGAUGGAAACAGGAGAUGUCUCACUUGAAGAGAACCUUUGUCUCUACUGGUCGAGUCUGUGAAAGACAAGACCGGGACCUUUCGAGUACAAUGACCAAAAAGGAAUCUGAGGACCUCGAGCUACUGGACUAUGACUUUAUAUUAUCAAACACCAUGCAUCAGCAGGAACCAGUGACCCCUGCAUCAAGAAAUGUGGCCACCUCCCCUGGCACUUAUACUUACCAACUGCCAUCGCCACAAGACACUGCCAGUGAUGUGAUGUACAACAGGGACUCCUCGGCCACUUUUACCAUUCCAGAUAUUACUGAUGUUUCUCCCUCAGGUGGCUUUGUGGCUGAGCUCAUGAGGCCUGAAUUGGACCCUGCAUACUUGCAACCCACGAGCCUCCAAGGGAAGUUUGUGGUAAAGACAACAAUGGACAUGGGGGACUACAACCAGACCAUUAACGUAAACAAAAGCACUACUGGCAUGGACAGCACAUUGCCUUUUAGGAUCAAACAAGAGAACACCAGUACUUGCACCAUUACACAUCCAAUGGAUAUCCAUCUUGGAAGUAACCCGGCCCAUGGAAAUAGCCAAAGAUCACCACUAGAACAGCAUGAUUUUCCCAUGAGCCAGCCCGUGGCCGAAAGGCCUGGACCAUCCCUUGCCCCAGAGGAAGUCAUGAAUAGAGACCGACAUAGCUCACCUCAGGUUUUAAGUCACCCACCACUGCCACUACCACAAGGUUACCAUGCACCUAGCAACUACCCUUCUUUCCAGCAACAGCCUCCACUCCAGUACCAAGAGCUCAUGUCUCCAGGAAGCUGCAUGGCAGAAGAACCCAAGCCAAAAAGAGGUCGUCGGUCCUGGCCCAGGAAAAGGAUAGCAACACACACGUGCGACUAUGCAGGCUGUGGAAAGACUUACACCAAGAGCUCUCAUCUCAAGGCACAUCAUCGAACUCAUACAGGGGAGAAGCCUUAUCACUGUGAUUGGGAGGGAUGCGGCUGGAAGUUUGCCCGCUCAGAUGAACUGACUCGCCACUACAGGAAACACACUGGACAUCGCCCCUUCCAGUGUCAGAAAUGUGACCGUGCCUUUUCAAGGUCAGACCAUUUAGCACUACACAUGAAACGACACUUAUAAGCAGGAAAAGAUUUUAAAAAAUGUUUAUAGUACACACUGCCUAAAGACACUCAGCAUUGUGCAAGACAAGCCAUGUCUUCCAUGGUAAUGAACAUAUACCAGCGCUUUAUCUUUAAAUAUUACCAGACAAGUCUUCCAAAGACUGGGAAUACAGUAUCAGUCAUUCCAAAGGUAUGUCUCGACUCAAGGGAGACCAUCUUUUCAACUGGAACAACAUUUACCUUGACAAGACUUGGAAUACCAGGUGCUAAAGGAUAACUGGAAAAUAUGGAUAUCAGGGGAAGAAAAAGGACUUUUGAAAGAUUUUUGAUAUAUGCAUUCCCUGGAACUUUGUCUCAUAGCAGUGUAUUAGACCUAUAUUUUUGUACUGGUUACGAGAGCCAUACAUUUAAUGUACAUAAUCCUGCUGGAUGGUGCUCAGUGACUUAAAUAUUAUUAAAGGUACCAAAGGAAAAAGGAAGCCAUUGUUCUCUUAAGUGCCACAUGCUUGUCAGGGAGGUGACCUCUUCCAGCCCACAGGCUUGACAACAGUCAGGUAAAGGUUUCUCAUUGACAAUCUUAAAUGCACUGCGGUUCCAAUGUGCAAUAUCUUGUAAAGUCAUUAAUACAUUUUAAAAUCUUGCCACAGAACAGUCUUUAUUUUUUUUUCCUUUACAGUACUUUGACAAAAUAAUUAUGUAAUAUAAUUUUAAGUGAUGUCUAGUUUUGUACAUUUGUAAAUACAAAAUGUUCUGAAAAUGUGUAUUUUAUGUAUUCUUGAAACUAUGUUCCAAAAUAAAAUAACAGUAUUUAAGGAGAGUGAAUUGAUAGUUCUUUAAACUGGUUCAGAGAUAAAUGGGUUUUAUAACUGGUUGGUACAGGGUAUUAACCGUUUCGACACUGGGAUUGUUAUUUCAGACAUGAUAAUAUAAGCUUCAAUAAAACUUAUUGGCAACA